GGGGCGGAGCAGGCGCGUCAAGCUCGGCGGCGGCGGCGGUGGCUGUGUCGGCGGAUGCGCGGGCGGCGGCGGGACUCGCGGGUCGCAGCUGCCUUUGCGCCCGCCACCUGCGCCGCCGUCACCUCGGCGGAGGGCUGCGGGGCGCGUGCGAUUGAGCUGCCGAAACUUCCGUUUUCAAGAUGAAGUUUUCAUUGGCCAUCUCCUUUUUUAUUUUAAUGUCCUUGUUGUUUGAAGACGCUUGUUCUAAAGAAAAGUCUUCCAAGAAAGGGAAAGGGAAAAAGAAGCAGUAUUUGUGCCCAUCUCAGCAAUCCGCUGAGGACCUGGCCCGUGUGCCCCCCAACUCCACCAGCAAUAUCUUGAACAGGCUGCUGGUCAGUUAUGAUCCCAGAAUAAGACCGAACUUCAAAGGCAUUCCUGUUGAUGUAGUAGUCAACAUUUUUAUUAAUAGUUUUGGAUCUAUUCAAGAGACAACAAUGGACUAUAGAGUUAACAUUUUCUUGAGACAGAAAUGGAACGACCCGAGGCUUAAACUCCCUAGUGAUUUCAGAGGCUCAGAUGCACUGACAGUUGAUCCCACAAUGUAUAAGUGCUUGUGGAAGCCUGACUUAUUCUUUGCAAAUGAAAAAAGUGCCAAUUUUCAUGAUGUAACCCAAGAAAAUAUCCUAUUGUUUAUUUUUCGGGAUGGAGAUGUCCUUGUGAGCAUGAGGUUGUCUAUUACUCUUUCAUGUCCUUUGGACUUAACUCUGUUUCCCAUGGACACACAACGCUGCAAGAUGCAACUUGAGAGCUUUGGUUAUACAACUGAUGAUUUGAGAUUCAUCUGGCAGUCAGGAGAUCCUGUUCAGUUGGAAAAAAUUGCUUUACCUCAAUUUGAUAUUAAAAAGGAGGAUAUCGAAUAUGGCAACUGUACAAAAUACUAUAAAGGCACUGGUUACUACACUUGUGUGGAAGUCAUCUUCACCCUGAGGAGACAGGUUGGGUUCUACAUGAUGGGUGUAUAUGCACCAACCCUGCUGAUUGUGGUCCUCUCCUGGCUGUCUUUCUGGAUAAACCCUGAUGCCAGUGCUGCCAGAGUACCUCUGGGCAUCUUCUCCGUGCUCAGUUUGGCCUCAGAGUGCACCACCCUUGCAGCGGAACUUCCCAAGGUGUCUUAUGUGAAGGCGCUGGAUGUCUGGCUCAUUGCCUGCCUGCUCUUCGGGUUUGCCUCCCUCGUGGAAUAUGCUGUUGUCCAGGUGAUGUUGAACAAUCCCAAAAGGGUUGAAGCUGAGAAGGCCAGAAUCGCUAAGGCUGAACAAGCAGAUGGGAAAGGUGGAAACACAGCUAAGAAGAAUACUGUGAAUGGCACAGGGACCCCUGUGCAUAUCAGCACUUUGCAGCAGAUCAUUUACCAACUGGAUGGCUGGCCCACAGACACUCUCAACACACAGGUUGGUGAGACCAGAUGCAAAAAAGUUUGUACUUCCAAGUCUGAUCUGAGAUCCAAUGACUUCAGCAUUGUUGGAAGCUUACCAAGAGAUUUUGAAUUAUCCAAUUAUGACUGCUAUGGGAAACCUAUUGAAGUCAACAAUGGACUUGGGAAACCACAGGCAAAGAACAAGAAGCCUCCACCUGCCAAGCCUGUCAUCCCAACAGCAGCCAAGCGCAUUGACCUUUAUGCAAGAGCGUUAUUUCCUUUCUGCUUCUUGUUCUUCAAUGUUAUAUAUUGGUCUAUAUAUUUAUGAUAAACCAUUUCCAUUUGUAUGAAAUACAACACCAUUUCAUUGUGACCAGUGCAAUUCAUAAUUGCUAAUCUGUGAACACUUUGCAUUUUCAUAGCAAUAUAUUGCAUUUGGAUGCCACUUGAUUAUAAUAAAAUACAGCACCUUACUUUUGAAUGGCAGCAUGACCCUGUAAUGUCUGUGCUCCAACCAUGAGAUAGAUAGAUGUAUGUAUAUCAAGCAUAGAGCUUUAGGAAUCAGUGACAAAUAUGCAAACUCCAUAAUCUACACAAUGUGCUCUUCAGCUCCUGUAACUCUGUAACUGCAAAUGCUUCCAGUAAUCCUGAUGAAAACGUGAUGUGCACGCUGACCCCUGUCAUGUUCACUGUUCCAUGUAUGCAGUAUCUUACAUCCCCUUCCUUGUAAGAAAGAAAGCCAUUUUAUUAAAUAAUUUUCAAUAGUAUUAUUACAGAUUAAGCAAGAUUAUAUGACAUAGUAUUUAAAGUUUUUAAGAGAGGUAGAUCAGUAAUAGUUAUGCGGGCUCCUUGAAAAUUAAAAUCAAAAUUAUACAUUUAUAAAGCAAGCUUAUUUUUAAGUGUGCUUAUGUCGUCAAAAUGCCAGAUAAUAGAACAGUAAGCAUUGUUGAGGAAAAGAGAAAUCUGGGCUAGUAUAAAUGCUUCUGACAAAAUACAGAUAAAUGAUAGAUGUAUUAAUUAAAUAUUUUGGAUAAAAUAAAUUCUUUAAACCACCUUAAACAUCAAAGUCUAUUUUCAUGCCUUUCAUUUGUUGGUAUGGAGAACAUUAAGCGUAAGCCUUAAAAAGAGUUGCACACUUUUCAAAUCGAAACGGUGCGGUGACAUGUGAUUCCAGAUUACUGUUAGACUCCAGGAAUCUUUAGCAUGAACUUGAACUGGAAAAAUCAUAAUCACUGAAGGACUUAGUUUGUUUAUUUUAUGAACAUGUUUCUAUAUUUCCAGUAAUAUUCAAACUGUUUUUGGAUUUUUUUAUUUAUUUGAAUGUAUUUGAAUAUGUUACAAAACAAUGAUUUAGUUAAUAAUAUUUUUUUUAUUUAAACUUUAGACUUCACUUUUUCUUUCCUGCUGAAAGUCUAGAUGUUGGGGCUGACUGACUUCAUCUUGUUUCUACAUGAAAAGAACCCCUAAGCCUCAUCUUGUGAAACCCCAUUUUCUAACAGUGUCAUAGUGUAACUGUUUAUUUCUGUCUUAGCUAAAAUUGGAGCUAUUAGUAAUUAACGUAAUGUAAACAUAGACCAUAAAACCAUUUUACAUUAUUUGGAGCACUUUUGUUCUUGUUGAUAGUUUGUACAAUCAACUCAUAAUACAAUGCAUUAAAAGUAUUAUUUGUGCAAUUGA